UUGGGGGACUCCCGGGAUCCCGGUCCCGGAUCAGGAGGAGGAGGAGCCUCGGUGGAGGAAGUAGCUCCACAGAUUGGAUGAGAAGCAGUUACCUCCAUAGUGAGAGUGUCGCAAACCACUGGAUUGUUAAACUACACGCCACAAAAAAAGAAAAGAAGAAGAACAUCCUCAGGAGGAAAACACACGCCUUCGAGGAGUUGAAGAUUUAUCCUUAAAAAAAAGAAAACCAACAGAAAAAAAAAAUCUCCCAGGUACAGGUUGAAGCGGUGCAGCCGGUCCAGAAGCGAGCAUUAUGCAUUCAGACUGCAGGCUGCUAUGGGCAGAGCGGUAAUGGUGGGCAGGGGACCGACAGGGGCCGCCGGGGUUCUCGUCCUGUCCGUCCUCAUCAUCCUCACCACGGAGGGCUGCCGAGCGCAGAAAGGUGAUGGCUGUGGCCCCAGCGUGCUCGGCCCGAGCAGCGGGACUCUGUCCUCUCUGGGCUACCCGAGGACGUACCCCAACGACACGGUGUGCGAGUGGGAGAUCAGCGUGCCUCGCGGCAAGAGGAUCCACUUCCGCUUCGCCUCGUUGGACAUAGAAGACAGCGACUGCCAGGUCAACUACCUCCGCCUCUACAACGGCAUCGGACCAGAGAGGAGUGAGAUUGUGAAGUACUGCGGUUUGGGUCUGAAGGUCAACGAGCUGAUCGAGUCCACUGGCAACCAGGUCACUGUCCAGUUCAUGAGUGGGACCCACCACACCGGACGUGGAUUCUACCUGUCCUACUCCACCACCAGUGAAGAUUCAGAUCUAAUCACCUGUCUGGACAAAGGAACUGAUUUCCCCGAGGCAGAGUUCAGUAAAUACUGUCCAGCGGGCUGCUUGACAUCUACAGAGGAGAUUUCUGGAACAAUACCGAAUGGCUAUAGAGAGUCCUCCCCUCUGUGUGUGGCAGCCGUCCAUGCAGGUGUGGUGUCCAACGCUGUGGGAGGGAAGAUCAGUGUGGUCAGCAGCAAAGGCAUCCCUCACUAUGAGGGCACACUGGCGAACAAUGUCACUUCCACUGGAGGAACUUUGUCAAACAGCCUCUUCACCUUCAAGACCAACGGCUGCUAUGGAACUCUGGGUUUGGAGUCCGGUGGUGUUGCAGACACUCAGCUCAAUGCUUCGUCAGUGUGGGAGUGGAGCAUCAUCACCGGUCAGCGCAACGUGUGGGCACCGACGGGGGCACGGCUCAAAAAGACCGGGCUGCCCUGGGCACCUUCUCACAGCGACCAGCAGCAGUGGCUACAGGUGGAUCUCAAGAGAGAGAAGAGAAUCACAGGUAUCAUCACCACCGGUUCUACCCUGAUAGAGUACAAGUACUACGUUUCAGCGUACCGGGUCCUGUACAGUAACGAUGGCAAGCAGUGGUCCAGCUACAGGGAAGCAAAUUCUACACAAGACAAGAUUUUCCAAGGCAACAUCAACUACCUGCAUGAGGUGAGGAAUAACUUCAUUCCACCAAUUGAGGCCAGAUUUGUGAGGGUAAAUCCCACCUUGUGGCACCAGAGAAUAGCGCUCAAGCUGGAGCUGCUCGGCUGCCAAGUUCCUCCUCCAGUGAGGCCAUGGCCGAGGAUGCCGAGGCUACCCCCCUCUCAUUACCCUCCACAUCCUGCGGGUACAAAACGCCCCCCUCACCUCGGCCAAACCACUCACACCCCAGAUAUCAGAAACACCACUAUGCCUCCCCACACUGGUAAAGAUGUGGCGCUGGCAGCGGUUCUGGUUCCUGUGUUGGUCAUGGUCCUCACUGCUCUCAUCUUGAGUGUGGUUUGUACUUGGCACUGGAGGAACAGGAACAAGAGCUCCGAAGGAACUUAUGAUCUUCCUCACUGGGAUCGCACAGACUGGUGGAAGAGCAUGAAGCAGCUGCUGCCUUCCAAGAUGGUGGAGACUGAGGAUUCAGUUCGGUACAGCAGCAGCGAAGUUGGCCGGCUAACGGGGAGAGGAGCUGUACCACGACUACACGCUGAACCUGCAGAAUAUGCCCAACCACUGGUGAGCGGUGUAACAACAUUAGGCGCGCGGUCCACCUUCAAACCGGAUGAGGGACCUGAUCCAGGAUACUCGGAUCCAGACCUGUAUGACGCUCCCAUCUCACCAGACGUAUACCACGCCUACGCGGAACCACUGCCAGCUUCGGGAUCUGAAUACGCUACGCCCAUCGUGGUCGAUAUGGGUUGCCACCUACCGGGGGGGUCCACUUUGAACCAGGCCUCCACGGUGUGCAGCUUCAUGGGUGCACGGACAGACAGCGGUCAGUCAGGGAGGCUGGCGUACGAUACACCCAAAAAUACCACUGGACAGGUAACGCCGACUGAGGAUCUGACCUACCAGGUACCUCAGAGUAGCACUCAAAAGCCAACAGGACAGAGCUGAAGAGUCGGGAUGCAUAACGGCCUUAAUCUGCCCCUCACCACCAACACAACCCAACGGACAAAGAUUAGAGGGUUGUAGGAGGAGGAGGCGGUGGUGUGAACCUGUGAGCCCUUGAGCCUCGGCUUGAGUCUUGAAUGAACACUACCUUAGCUUUAGAUUCAUCUGGAGAUGUCUGUAUUGCCUAAACAUUUCUGCAUGGCCACCAACUGCUUGUGUAGUGCCAUUACAGUCCUAUCACUGAAACCACAAAGAUGAAUGUGUUUGUGCCAGGUGUGAGAGUUUGGAGAUGGAUGAGCGGGAAGGAGAAAGCUGACUACUAUUUGAUAAAGACUGUGUCCCUGUUCUGUGAUUCUUAGUAGGUCUUUCAUCCUGUGAAAACUGUGAUUUCCAUUCAGUUAAACGCUAAACCAGGUUCAACUGUAAUGUACCUGGCGAUUCAUCAAAUCUAAGGGUUUUCUUACUGAAUUAAUUGCAUGUUGCAUUAAGUACCCUACAUCUGAGAGUAACGCCUUUGUACAGAACUCCCUUUUCACGGUACGUUUAUUGUCUUACUUUGUUUAAAAGCAUGACUUGAAAUUGUGUAUAGUUUUAGCAAUUCCAUUACUGCAAUCCUGUUUAAACUCAAAUGAUUUUACUGAUAUUUAUUUUUAUUUCACAUCCUGCUGAUAAGGAGAGAUUUUUUUUUUUUUUAAAGUAAUAAACACCCCUCCACUACCCUCACUGAUGGCAGAUGAAAAAAAACUGAGGUUUGCACUGUUGUGGACACCUGACUGACAAUAAGUAGUUUUUUUUUGAUAAAUCCUGUCAGAUGUUUUAACUUGAAGAGGCUCAUCGGGAGAAUCAGUCCAGUGAAAUUCCCAAAGAGAAAGUGCUUUUAGUCGUAUCAGAGACCAAAUGUUGCCUUUUCCGUGUUUAUACAGUGUCGAUUCACAACAGAUCGGACUUUCGCAAUCGUGCCAAGUUUAGCCAAAUCAUUCAUAAAAGCAGUCUUAACGUAGUGAGUUAAAUGAUGUGUCUUUGAAACAAAAGGUACAGCAAAAAGUGGUAGAUGAGUAAAUAUGUUACAGCUGUGAUCAUUUCAUAGUUUGUGUGUUGACUUUUAUUUGUGGAUCAUAAUGAUUGUCUGGUGUUGAUGUGGGUGUUUGAUCUGUUUUAAUGCAUUUUGGGGUUCCCUCCUUGUAUCUAUGUGCAUCAGUGUCUGUAUGUACAGUAAGUUGUUCCCAUAUUUCAGCCUUGUGUGUGUGUGUGUGUGUGUGUGUUUUUUGGACUGUGUAUGAGGCUUAUAGGUGUAGUAGAACGUCGUCUGUAGCACCGGUAGACUGCAUUCCUCUCCUGUCCAACCUGUGGUACUGAUCUGACCAAACGCUCGGUGGUUAGGAGAUGCAGAUGGAGGGGAAACGAACAAGACAAGCUGCUUUAUAACUUUACAGAAGAUCAACCUCGCCCGAGGGAAAGUGUUGCUCAAACAGCUGUGCCACUGUCAUGCUUCGAUUAUGCUCAGUAACCAGAGUUGUGGUGCUUCCUGGUCACGGAGGGGUUGUGUUUAUGUGGCUCUCACUGAUUGUAUAUAGAGAAAUAAAGAGUUUUUAAAAGA